AGGCAAAGACGACUAACCUCCUCCUCUUCACAUAUCUCUCGCUAUAAAUCAAUCUUCUCUCCUAAUAAAGCAAGAAACUUCGUCGUUCUUGGCCUCUUCUUCCUUUUUCCUUCUGCUUUGUUUUAAUCUCCCAUUUCUAUCUUGGUGUUCUUCAUUGAUUUCAUCUCUUAGGGCUCGCUUCCAUGGCUAAUCCUGAAGAAUCGAGCCCUCUUAUUGCUAACCGGGAUGACGGAGAUGCUAACGACAGUCGCGUUGAGACAGAGUCGAAGUCUGUGCCUGUUGAAACGGGAGAGAUCGGUGUUGGUGUUGGUGUUGGAUGGACCGCCGAUGGUUUGCCGUUAGGGCAUGGAAGUGUACUUGGAGAGCCAGUGGCUCGUGGUCGUUGGGAUUCGCCUCUAUUUGCUUGCCUCGGCCGGAAUGAUGAGUUCUGCAGUAGUGAUCUUGAAGUCUGUCUCCUUGGAAGUGUUGCCCCUUGUAUGCUAUAUGGAGGCAAUGUUGAGAGGCUAGGCUCUGGUCCAGGGGCUUUUGCGAACCAUUGCUUGUCUUACACUGCACUGUACUUCCUUGGAAAUUCCCUCUUUGGUUGGAAUUGCCUGGCACCCUGGUUUUCAUAUCCUAGCCGAACUGCAAUUCGCCGUAAAUUCAAUCUUGAGGGUAGCUGUGAGGCAUUAUCUAGAUCAUGCGGGUGCUGCGGAAGUUUCAUAGAGGAUGAAGAGCAACGAGAGCAGUGCGAGACAGCAUGUGACUUUGCCACUCACUAUUUCUGUCACGUAUGUUCCCUCUGUCAGGAAGGACGAGAGCUUCGCCGUAGACUUCCUCAUCCUGGGUUCAAUGGUCGACCUGUGUUGGUCAUGAUACCUCCCAUGGAACAAACAAUGGGCCGUUGAGGUGCCAAAGAUUGUUCUGUCUGAUAUGUUUAGCCUGUCUAUACUCUCUUUAUUGGUAUAUGUUGCAGAUUAUGAAAUUGUAGCCUUGUGUUAUAUCAACUGAUUAGGAGAGCAACGCUUGGUCUGCCCUGCCAAACAAAAAUAAAAUUUGUUAAUAUGGGAGAUUUGCCUUUGUGAUUCACAACUUCACAUAUUGCAUUUCCAUUUCAAA